AUGGCUGACAUUCUCCUUGAUCUGCUUGAUAUUCGGCAGUCCACGAAUCACGAUGCCGACGUCAAUACGCAACUCAACCCGACAUCGAGGUCAAUGAAGCUGGCAUAUCUGUCCCAUCUCGCUGAUCAGAGUCUGGCGGCACUAGCCUCGACUGAGCCUCAAUCCCUGGCCCAGACAUCUCAGUCCCUUCUCCUCUCGCUUCAAAGCGUCUCAAAGCGCUCUCACAAGUCUAUCAUCGACUCGGCCUCAAAUCACACUAGCCUGACCCGCGCCCUGCCCACUCUUGUCGGCGACACGACGGACCUACGGAAUGCCAUCCCUAAGCUUGAAUCAGAGGCUUUACGUUUUUCCGCCGCCUAUAGUAAAUCUAGGGACAAUGAGGACUUGGCCGAAAGAAAACGCGCGUUACUGCUAUUGCGCAACGUCGAGCGUCUUGUCGAUGUGCUAGAACUUCCUACCCUUCUCACUUCCGCAAUCAACACCGUUCCUGCUAACUACGCAUCCGCCCUCGAUCUCAAUGCUCAUAUUCGGAGACUUCACGGCUUGUAUUCAUUUUCACCGCUUGUCGACCUGGUUUCCCACCAAGCUGACGAAGCCAUCGUGAAGAUGACGGCUGACCUCAUCGCUGCUCUCAAAUCUCCUGGACUCAAGCUGGCUGCAUCUCUGCGGACUGUCAGCUGGCUCAGAAGGGUGCUUCCGGACCUGUCUUCCAUGAGUACCACGAGCCGUGGCUCCCAGGAACAUACCCUUUCGCUGCUCUUUCUCUGUUGCCGCGUAGCCACCUUGGACGCUACACUAGGGGCUUUACAGCCCCUUCGUGAGCUAGCUGAUGAUGAGAGGCAGAGGCAACAAAGAGCCAAUCACCAGUCCUGGUCAGGUGGGCAGCAGACAGAAAAGUAUCUCAAACGCUAUGUUGAGAUCUUUCGCGAGCAGAGCUUUAGCGUUGUCUCUAUGUUCAAGAGCAUAUUUCCCGGAAGCGGAUACCAGAUCGGCAACACAAACGACAACGAGAAUCCUUUCAAACCCCUGCCAUCAACACUAUCAACAUUCCCGCUUCAUCUUGUGGAGAUGCUUCUCGAAACCUUGACAAAAUACCUUCCAGUUGUGAAAGACCAAGCAGCAAGGGACAGUAUUCUCACUCAGGUUUUGUAUUGUUCGGGAAGUUUGGGCAGGCUCGGAGGCGAUUUUGGAAUACUAUUGGCAACAUUAGGGGACGAGUACGAGGUAACGAAACAGUCUGAAUGGGUCGACAUAGUCAAAAGACACCGGCUGUUGUCUGGACGCCUUGAAUCGGUCAUCGGCGACUUCAAGGCGACAGGGGCCAAAGAGUCUUGA